UAGUGUGUGUGAGAGAAAUUUUCAAGUGCACUAUUUCUUUCGAUUCUCGUUUCGGAAUGACUCUGAGCGACAUUUCGAAACGAAUCGGCAAUCCGGUUAUUGUCUGAUGCGCCCGUUUCUUGUGUACCGCCAACCGAGCAACUUUUUUCUUCUAGCAAUAUUUUUCUUGGAGUUUCCUCGAAAAAUUGUGCAAAAUGUCCGAUGCUGAAAUGAAAGAUACCGGCGAAACGAAGGGCGAUGAAAUGGACACCGCUGGUGUUGAAGAAGACGAACAGGAUAGCGAUGCUACCUCGAAAGAUGAUUCGGCAUCCAGCGAUAGUGACAGUUCGGACGACAAUGAAGAUGACGAUGAUGAAGCGAGCCGGAUAAAACAGUAUCUAGAACUGCUGAGAAUGAUACAGGAGGACAAGUAUAAUUACGACAACUACGUGAAACUGUUGGAGAUUGCACAUCAAUUAACCGACCUGGACAAAAUUCGUCAGAGCGCAGAAAUCUUUGCUUCCGUUUAUCCGCUAUCGCCCGACAUUUGGUUGCGCUGGUUAGCAACCGAACAGGGAAUUGCCUCCUCGCCGGAACAACUGCAAGCGUUAGAUAAACUCUACCGGCGAGCCUUGGGAGAUUACUUUUCGGUUGAAGUCGCAGAACAGUAUGGACUGAUGGCCGUCCGAGCGGAACGUGAGCUUUCGGAACUUAUUUGGGACACAUUGAUUCCGACGUAUGGCCUGCACGUGACCAAGGGUCGUAAUAUUUGGGCCACCUAUCGGGAGGAUUUUUUAGAGAAAUCUGAACAAUCACCGGAUCAGUUAAAUCAGUUGGCGCGUAUCUACGAGCGGGAGCUGAAGAUUCCACUUAAAAAUAUGGAGGACUCUUACAUCGAGUACAAGUUGCUGUGUGAGAAGCAUAAGGAAGUAUUGCAGGAUCUGAACCCGGAAAAAUUUGAACGACGCUACAAACAGGCAAAAGAACUUCUGCAGCGAAUGUUACCGUUCGAGGAAAAACUGACCGCGCUUGAACCGCACUGUCAUCAGGAAAGAGCAGAACUUUACCGGCUGUAUAUCAAGGAAUGUCGAUCGCAGUUGGCAGAUGACGAGCUGCAAGUGCUGUACGAAAGAUCCGUAACGGAUUGUUGUUUGGACCCAACGAUGUGGACGGAUUAUUUGAAAUACUUGGACAAAUAUCCACCGGAUUUGGACGAGAAUCCAGUGUCGCCGGUGUUCAGUCAGACACCGGCCGAUAUCGUGAACCGUGCACUGCGGAACUGCCCCUGGAGCGCUGAGCUUUACGUUGAGAAGAUGCGAAUUGUGGAACGCGAGAAGCGUCCCAAAGAGGAUAUUCUGAAGAUUAUGGAGGAAGUAGCAACCGUGGAAUUCCAAGCUCCUGAACCGGCGGUGAAAGUUUGGUUGGAAUAUCUGACAUAUUUGCGACGUCAUGCCGAUUUCGAGGACGAAAAAGAAAGAGACAUUUUGCGUUCUAAUUUUGAGUUGGCCUGGAAUCAGCUUGGCCGAACGUGGGGUGAGUUGGCUGAUCCGGAGUGUAAAAUUUUACAGUUCUGGGGUCGGUUGGAGUACGGCCAGUUGGGUGAUUUGAUUAAGGGUCGCGAUCUGUGGCAGAACGUGAUGGACAGUUCGGACAAUUGCACCCGGGCCGGACUUUGGAUCGAAUAUGCCGAGCUGGAGUCGAAACGAGGACUGGAUGCGGUUCGAAAGUUGUACCGAAAAGCGAUCGGUUCCGUGGCAUUGAAUGACCCGGAAACCCUAGCAGCGGCUUGGAUGCGCUUCGAACGAUGCAACGGAACGUUGGAACAGUUGACUGUUUGUCAGGAGAUUUGUACUGCCACCGUACAGGCAUACUACCGGACACUGAAUCAGUCGCGUACCGCAAAAGGUCGCCGUUCGGAUCCGAAAAAAGAACCCACCGAGCCAAGCAAGAAGAAGCCUACGAAAAGAUCUCUCGAUGAUGACGAUGAUGAUGCUGGAGAAAGCAAAGAAGGACAUUUCAAAAAGCCUAAGACCCCGAUAGGACCGUCGCUGCCCAAAAAAGUUGAUUCCUCGUUGGAGGAAAAUACCAAGCGAAUUCGUUUGGAGGAACCACCGGCGGGCAAAGAGAAGGAUACCUUUAACGAUAAUCGUCGUUUGUUUUUCAGCAACCUAAGCUUCGACGCUACGGAAGAACAGAUUCGUGCCACAUUUCCGGAGUUGGCGUUCAAAUCAAUCGAACUGGUUCACGGUUCCAGUGGUAAAAGUCGUGGCUUCGGUUACGUAGAAUUCGAGAACGAACAGGACGUCCAGAAGGCACUCAGUUUCGAUCGUCGUCCACUCGAUGGCCGCCCAGUAUUUAUAUCUUCGUUGGCCCGCGAUAAAUCCAGUCGUCCCCAUAAAUUCAAAUACUCGGAAAAGUUCGAACCGAACAAACUUUUCAUCAAGGGCCUACCAUUCGAAGCGGGAAACGAAGAUGUGCGAAAGUUGUUUGAACCAUUCGGGAAGCUCAGGGACGUACGGGUGGUGUUCUAUCGCAGUGGCAAAUCCAAGGGGUUGGCUUAUGUGGAGUACGAAAGUGAGGCUGCAGCCAAAAAAGCCGUUCUGAAUAUGGAUCAUCACGAAAUGAACGGAUUCACGCUAACCGUUGCCCUUUCCGCUCCUCCACCCCGGGGUAAUCCGACGGCGGGAGUCGAACCGGAAAAUCCUACCGCCGGUAGCAGUCUAGGCGGAGGGAAACGACACGUCACUAAAGGAGACGUCAAACAAAAACUGUCCACCAUGAUUCCAACUGCUCUUCUGAGAAAAACCGUUCCUACUACCAAUCCACAAGCCGGCGGAAGUAGCUCCAACGGAAACAAACCAAAAUCUAACGAAGAUUUCCGUAAACUACUUCUAAAGUAGUUUCACUUGAACUUAGCAUUAACAACUUUUUUUUUCGUUUUGUAUAUUCCUGCUAUGAACGCUCAUGCGGGAAGUUCGUUUUUUUUCUCUCUUUUCUUCUAACUUCUAAACACGUGUGUUCCGUGAAUCUUACGAUUAUUUAUAUAUUCUUCCGGUUAAGACAACCACAUGAAAAGUACUAAUAAAGUACCAAGCUUACCAAACCUGAA